AUGUUCUCCUUCAUCAGCCGGAUCUACCAGGAAUAUCUUCAUUCCCGGAAGAUCGGCAAUGAUCUGCCCAACUUGGAUACUCGCUUGGAUCCUCUUAUCUCUAUCCGUAAGUUCCGAGAUAGCCUCACAGUAUCACACUGUGUCCAGAAUACCAUAGUCACCAUUACCAUUCUAUUCGCUUUCUACUUCAUGGAAUUGCCCAUUUGGGCCAAGAUAUUGAUGCUUUUCACCUUGUUAUGCUUAGUGUUGGUGCCACUUACAGCUCAGUUCUUCGGCUACAGUUUGCCGGUACUAAGUUGGGUCUUUCUAUUCUUCACGUCCAAAUACAUCCCGUUGUCCAUGAAAGAACCGAUAACUGUCACUGUUCUCCCUGCCGUGGAAACAAUUCUCUAUGCGGACAACUUGUCGCAGAUUUUGGCCUCAUACACCUGCACCUUACUUGACAUUGUCGCCUGGAUACCCUACGGUCUCGUUCAUUUUGCUAUGCCUUUUAUUGUCGCCGGACUAAUAUGGAUCUUGGCUCCUCCCAAGACCCUUCGCAACUUUGCAUGGGCAUUCGGUUUUAUGAAUUUGAUUGGUGUCGUCAUUCAGGACCUUCUUUUCCCCUCUGCUCCGCCAUGGUAUAAAGUUCUUCAUGGUUUAGAGAAGGCCAAUUACUCUAUAAAGGGUUCUCCAGGUGGUUUAGGUAGAAUAGAUGCCAUCUUGGGCUUCGAAUUAUACACUACAAACUUCACCAACUCUCCACUUAUCUUUGGAGCUUUGCCGUCACUUCAUUCGGCUUGCGCCACAAUGGAUUGUCUUUGGUUGUGUUAUUUAUUUCCUUCUUUCACUCCUCUCUGGUGUUUCUAUGUUCUAUGGAUGUGGUUUUCCACUAUGUACCUCACCCAUCAUUAUUUUGUUGACUUGGUUGCGGGUAGUUGUCUUGCCGUUACCCUUUUUGGAAUUGUUCAGAUCUCUGGUAAUCUGCCUAUAAAUGACAAGCUUUGUCGUUGGAGUUAUGAGACUAUAGAUUAUUACGAUGCUCUGGAACAUGAUCCAUUACGUGAACGCACUGAUGUGUUGAUGGAUACGUUCAGUGAGAUGACUAGUUCGAUAGAUCAUCAUUCUGACCAAUCUGACCACUCUGACCAACCUGACACACCUGAAGCUGACCCUGACCACUUCGUCGUAGACAGUGAAAGUGACACUGAUAGCUACAGUUAUAGCAAUAUCAACUCGGCAUCCUACAACAUGCUCCAUUGA